UCUUCCGCCCUUAAGUCGUUCCCUGUUUCCACUGGCCAGUCAUUGGUUACACAUUGGUUACUCAUUUUUUAAAACCCUAUUCGUCCUCUGCAGACUUUCCUUGCAGCACAACCCGGAAGCGCCCGCCCAGCCUCGGUCCGAUUGGCGGUACUCAGUUCACGUGACUCCUCUGCAUCCACGCCCUCAAAGGCGGUGCUGAGAACUUGCUUCUUUGUUGGUAGAGGAGCGGCCUCACGUGAUUGGCAGCCAACGCUAACCCACCGGCUCCGCUAUUGGUUAGCACCGCAGCCUUCCACCUCCCACCCGGAAGACGCAGCGCUGGGGCUAGGGAGCUGAUCCCGCGGGCUCGGAGCUUCAGUGACCCGCUUGGCACCAUGGCGUCCCAGGGUCGUCGGCGGAGGCCUCUGAGGAAGCCGGAGACGGUGGUGCCAGGGGAGGCGGCCGAGACGGACUCGGAGCUCUCUGCGUCCUCAUCGGAGGAGGAGCUGUACCUGGGGCCCUCGGGCCCGACGCGCGGUCGUCCCACCGGGCUGCGGGUGGCCGGGGAGGCCGUGGAGACCGACUCGGACCCGGAACCGGAGCCGACGGCCGCGCCGGGAGACCUGGGCAUUCCAGGGACAGAGCCCGACCAAGACCCAGGACCGCGAGCCUAGCUGUGACCCUCUAGCUGACACCCCUCCCCACAUUUGACUACCACUUUGGGGCAAGACUUGCCAUGUUUGGGGCCUGGCUCUUUUUCCUGUAUCCCCUGCGUCACCGCCACUGCCCAUCUCGUUGUCACUUUUGUUCUCCCCUUAAUAAUGUUCUGUGUUGGAAAUGGGUUCGCCUCCUCCUGUGAAAACGGUCUCUCCCCCGCCCCUUAGAUUCACUGCUCCCUUGGCCCUGCUGCGGGUCAGAGCCUGCCCCGGGGACUUGGCCCCAGCCCGGGGUUAAUAUCCGUUCUUUGCUCUUUCCAUCCCAAA